AUGUCAUUCCGCCUACCAAAGUUCCCAAUGAUCACAAUCUUCCACAACCCAUCCCUAAAAACCUCCACCGAAGCCCUAUCCCUCCUCCAAAAAGCCUCCCGCCGCUACAAUUUCGAAAUCGACCUUAUCCAGACCAAAAAGCAACCCCCUACCCAUCAACAGGUCGCAAAUAUCGUCGAAUAUCUGGGUAACGGGUCCAUAGACGCAGGAUUGGAGCAAAUAUUGGUACCCGAGGUGGAGAAGAAGCCGUCGACAGUGGCGGAGGUGCAGGAGAUUCUAGAUAGGAACCCUGGGUAUUUGAGGAAGCCGUUGAUUGUUGAUUGGAAUCGGGGCAAGGCAUUGAUAGCCGAUGUAAGUUUGUUGUUUAAGUGCUUUAAGGUUGUUUGA